GACCCGGGAUUGAAUGUUGAUAUGUGAGGCCCCGUCUUUCAACCCAUUGUGGGCAUAGCCGAACUUAUAAUGGGCUUGCUAAAAGAGGCCCCUUUUAGUGCCCACUGGGAGGAGUUUUAAAAAAUAUAUAUAUAUAAAAGCGAGUUGGCAACAAUGGCAAAGAGACUGGACACACGUGUAAACAAAAAUGUUAUUAAAAUGCAUUCAUCAUAUAUAAUAAAAUAGAAAUUAAUUUACUAAUGUUUAGUUCGAAAUUAUUUUAAAGAUUAUGUACUUAACUAACGAUCUAAGUCGAUUUUUAACUAUGGAAUAUUUGUAUAUCAUUCGGGAAAUCAAUUGAUUACAAUAUCAAUGUCUUUUAAUAAGGAUGCGUAUUGUUAAUCAUACGGAAAUUCGUACAAAGUACAUUACUGAUCGUUCUACUCGAGGUCAUUGAUGAUAACAAGCUGAUAAACGUAUUUAAAAAAGCAAUAGUAACAGAUUAUUUUCAGAAAAAUGGACGUAGUUGUGAUUGGCGGUUGUGUAGUAGAUCUAAUCAGCUAUGCUGAUCGUUUUCCUGUUGCUGGGGAAACUCUAAUAGGAUCAAAUUUUUCCAAAGGAUUUGGAGGAAAAGGUGCUAAUCAAUGUGUCAUGAUCAGUAGAUUGGGAGGUAGAACAGCAAUGAUUGCAAAGUUAGGAGAUGAUACUUUUGGUAAAGAAUAUUUUGAAUGUUUUCAAAUGAACCAAAUUAAUUAUGAGCAUGUAACAGUUACAACAGAAAGUUCAACAAGUACAGCAACUAUAUGUGUCACAAAGAAUGGUGAAAACAGUAUUAUCUACGUUCCUGGUGCAGUCAAUUGUCUUAGUAAAGAAGAUAUUUAUAAUGCUGAAAAAGUUAUUGCACAAACAAAAGUUCUGUUAUGUUGUAAUGAAUGCCAAUUAGAUGUAUUAUUAGAAGCUCUAAAGGUUGCUCAAAAACAUAAAGUUUAUACAAUUGUUAAUGCUGCUCCAAUAUGUCCUGAACCUUAUGACAGUGUUUAUCCUCUAUGCGAUAUUCUGUGUGUGAAUGAAGUUGAAGUAGAAGCAAUAACAAAUUUGAAAGUAAUUACAAUUGAAUCAGCAUAUAAUGCUUGCACAGUUUUAUUGAAUAAAGGAUGCAAUGUAGUUAUCAUAACUUUAGGAGCUAAAGGAGCAGUGUUUUGUACAAAGGAUAACCCAAAACCUAAACAUGUUCCUGCAAAAAAAGUAGAUGCUGUAGAUACUACUGGUGCUGGUGAUGCAUUUUUAGGAAGUUUAACAUAUUACAUUGCUUUACAUCCUAAUCUCUCUCUGGAAGAAAAGAUUUCACGUUCUUGUGAAAUAGCUUCCGUAAGUGUUUUAUCUAGUGGCACACAGAAAAGUUUUCCAUAUAGAAAAGAAUUAGAAGAAAGAUUGUUUGUUUGAAUAUGUAUAUUCUAUGAUUUAAUUUCCUUCAUAUUGGGUAAUAUAAUGCAUUUAUUAAGGAAACUUCAAUCCAAUGUAAUUGGAUUCAUAUGUUAUUGUAAAACCAAGUUAAAGUACUUCGUAAAAAUAAAAAAUUUUAUAACUA